AUUACCUUUAGAAAACACAAUGUGCGUAAAUUUGUUUGUCAGAUAUGGCAAAUACUUCACUUAUUGUAUUAUCAAUUUAAACAACAAAAAAUAUUGUUUCAAAUGAUCUCAAUAUCGAUACUGUUUCUCAAUAACUAUUUAAGUACUGCAAUACACUUAAAAAAUAUCAUUUGCGCGCUUGUUCGAAGAUUGGUGGUUUAUUGUGUUUCAAACUUUAGCAAAGAUGAAUUCUCGUUCUUUAACAUAUUUACCCACUACUGUGCCUUUACCAAUACCCGAAGAAGAGCUUUUGGAUUUAGUUAACAAAGGUAAAGAUUGGGCUCUCAUGCACGGAGCUGCAAUGAGAUCAAAAAAGAACUUUUCUGCAGACAGUUUAAAUUUUGCUCCAUUUAGUUUGCUUCCUUCAACGAUGACCAGGAAAAAUUUCCAGCAUGCGGUCGAACUUCAAACUAUUUUUCAAGAACUAAUGCACAAAGUGGCCUACGAUAAAGAAUUUUUGACGAGAUGCUUGAAAAACACCGUUUUGGUCGACGAAUUUACUGCAAAAUUGUGGCAGAUUUAUGAAACAGUUCAGAAAGAAGGAGAAACGCAGCCGAUAAGUUUAGGAUUAGUAAGAUGUGACUACAUGUUGCAAAGCUGUAAUGCAGAAGAAAAGGAAACACCUACAGAAACAAAUGAGAAUCCUCCUUGUAACUGGAAGCUCGUAGAGGUUAACACAAUAGCCGCUGGUUUUGGAUGGCUAGGACCUGCAUCUCGGUUAAUACAAAGGUAUAUAAUGGAAGAAAUGAACCUUCACGAUCGAUUACAGAAUCUUCCAGAUAACAAUGCACUUUCUGGUUUAUGUGAGGGAAUGUUGGAAGCUUGGCGUCUAUAUGCAAACCCGAAAGCCUUCAUUUUAAUCGUAGUAGAAGAUGUUUCUUACAAUAUAUGUGAUCAAAGGUUCCACCAGUUCAGAAUUAGAGAAUUGAAUCCCAAUGCAAAUGUUAUGAGAAAAAAUCUGACACAAAUUUAUAAUGAGGCCACCUUAAAUGAGAACAAAGAAUUAGUUAUUAAUAAUCAAAUAGUUAGUGUAGUGUAUUUUAGAAGUGGAUACGAACCUUGUCAAUAUCAUGGAGAUAAUGAGUGGGAAGCUAGAUUAUUAAUAGAAAGGUCGCGUGCCAUUAAAUGUCCAAACAUACAAUAUCACUUAGCUGGAUGUAAGAAAGUACAACAAGAAUUAGCAAAACCUGGUGUGCUGGAAUCUUUUAUUACCGAUAAAGACAGUAUUAAAGCCAUCAAAGAUGUAUACGUGGGGAUACACGGGUUAGAAUUCGAUGAAUGUGGAGAGCAUGCCAUCAACUUAGCCUUAACAAAUCCCGAAAAAUAUGUCUUAAAGCCGCAAAGAGAAGGAGGUGGCAAUAACAUAUACGGAAUCGAAAUAAAAGAGUAUAUAAAUAAAAUGAAAGACAGUCAAGAAAGAACGGCAUGGAUAUUGAUGGAGCGGAUAUUUCCACCAAUUACCAAAGGCUACAUAGUACGACCUGGAGAGCCUGUCCCUCCCACGAUAUCAGAAGUAGUAUCGGAAUUUGGCAUGUAUGGUGUAAUUAUAGGGGAUUCUAAGAAAAUUAUUAGUAAUAGACAAGUCGGUCAUAUGUUGAGGACAAAAACCGCAACAGCAAAUGAGGGAGGAGUUGCUUCAGGUUUAGGGGCAUUAGAUAGCCCUUAUCUUAUAGACUAAGUACACAUUUGCUCAGUUUAUACAUAUUUAUAUUAUUACAAUAUUUUUUAACUGUGUUGUUAUUUAAUCCUUGUACUACCAAGCUUUUUUUUAAUCCUUAAAACGAACGUAAUUUAAUUAUAUCAAAUUUAAAUGGAUCAGAAAAUUAUAAAGUAAACAAUUAUUUUAAGAAAAAAUUCAAGUAAAAUUUUGUAGCAUUAAAAUAUAGAACAGAAAACAGGGUGACGACCAAAAAACGAAUGAUGUAAAAAUAUCAAAAAAACACGUGGGGUGCAAAUGCACCCCGCUUGUUAGUACAAGGGUUAAUUUGAAAUUUUUUAUUGUAAGCUUUAAACUGUACCUAAAACUUGAUUAAUUAAUGUAUGUACCAAUUUUGUAUAUUCACUUUUCUAUAUAAAAUAACUGAUUUCUG